GUCGGAUAAACCAAAGAAGUUAAAAGGGGCCAAGUGAAUGAAACGGAUGAUAAAACGCCCAACAGUUCAUUCGGAUCUACACGAACAUUUUUACUUCAGGUGAACACGUUUCCAUUAAGGAUGGCCACUACUGCUGUACCUGACAAUAAUCUAAGAAAUGGCUUCGUUGUGGUGACCCAACUGGUCCCAACAGUGGCAUCAGGGCAAAAUGCAGUUGGGGCUGGCCCAGGGGUCUCUACUGUUGGAGUCCCUGUUGUCACACCUGUCAAUAACAUCAACACAGUAAUAUCUGCUCCAGACUCACUUCAGAAAUUUCUGAAAUCCCAGCCACAAGCUCUCGGGACUGUUCAAAUAAUGAUUGGAAUCAUAACUUUCCUGUUCGGCAUCGUGUUGACAGUCGUCGAGCCAACGAUUUCUGUCUACAGUGGAGUUGUUUACUGGAGCCCUCUGUUCUACAUCAUCACUGGCUCUCUGACCAUUGCAGCAGAGAAAAAACUGAAUGCCUGUUUGGUGAAAGGCUCUCUGGGAAUGAAUGUGGUCAGUAUUAUAAUCGCAGCAACAGCUUUCAUUCUACUGCUAAUGGAUCUUUUAGUAUAUCAAUACGACCCUUGCUACAACUACUAUGAAUGUGAGAUUUACAAUAGAUUGUUGCAGACUAGGACCUAUGGGAUCAGUGGAGUGCUGCUGGUUUUGUCUCUGCUUCAGUUAAUCAUCUCCAUCUUCAUCUCAGCGUUUGGAUGCAAAGCCACCUGUUGCACUGAACCAGUGGUCUCUGUCGUAACUGUGGCUCCGAACUAUGCAGCAUGCUGUUCAAGGGUCAAUCCAUUCCAAACUCACAGUGGUCAACAGGAUGUGCUAUACAUCCAAAAUUCUGGCGUGACUGUGAACAACCCCCCUACAGAAAAUCCUCCAGCGUACAGUGUGACCUUACCAAAACCAGAAGCCUGUGCAUGAAGGCAGAAAAAGGCCUGGAGAAGAACUACAAGUCCUAACAUGCUGAUUGAGGAAGCUUGAUUUUGGUUAUAAUGCUUUAAAUAAUAUACAGUGGGGUUGAAAAGUCUAAGACCAUUAAUGAAAACAUUUCUAUUUUACACUGUAUUUUUUAACAAAUGAUAUUAUCAGCGUAGCAAUUUGAAGGAAAAGUAAAAUCUUUAAAAUAUUUACAGAAUUUGAACCAUAUAUCUUGCUUCACUUUUAGGGACAACAUGUACUAGAGCUGCAUGAACUCCACAAGUUUGUGGUGAGCAGAUCAAAUGAGUCUACUGAAUACAAGCUUCAGUGGACGAGAUAAGACUAACAAACAAUAUGACCACUCUAUAUAAAGACUUCAAUUUGAUCAAUUUUGAAAUUUAUACAUUUAUGCACAUAGUGCAAAACAGUGCAGAUUCUUCAAGAUUUUCUAUUUUAUUUUAGUUUUAUUUUUCAUAAUUCUAAACAUUCUGUGGCUUAUUUUUUAGGCUUAAGUGAAAACAUUCCCAGAUUUAUAUUGUGGUUUGGAACUUUUGGACCCUACCUCAUGGUUCAAUUUUUUUCUGAACAAUUUGAAUGGUCACCUGACCUUUACAUUGUACAGACAUUUCGUGAUGAAAUGUAGGAGUUCCUACUGUUGGCGUCCCUAAUGUAGGAGCUUCUACUGUUACAGUACCUAAUGUUAGUGUCCACAGUGUUGUAGUGCCACAUUCUUUUUGUUCAGUCUAUAAAUAGAUUGCUUCUUUGUUGCUAAAUAUUAAAGUGAUGAUUUGGCAGGACUAUUGUAAGAUAAUGGUAGCAAGCAGGUCUCAAAAACCAUCAGUAAGCUGUACUGGCACAUGUGUGCGUGUGCACCAAUUAUUGUGCAAGGCCUUAUCCGUGAACUAGAUACCAGUACAGUAAUAAACGAGGUAAUACAUGUAAUGAGGAAAUAAGACAAGCCCUUGUGAGUGACCUCAAAACUGCCUUCCUUGUCAUACACUGUCAUCAGAGGCAGAGCCAGCAGGGGUGGUGUGGUGAGGGCAUUGUCUCAGGCCCUGCUCUUGUGGGGGUCCCAAUACAUUGAAGUAAACAGAAUGAUGCAUUGUUCCAUAUUUAAGUGUGCUCUUUGUAGAGGAUGUCAUGUAAUUUUAAUAGAAGUGUUCAAACCUUUGCAAUGACUAUAAAUGGGUCAUUCUCACAAAACUGCCUCAAGUUCAUAAAUACUUGAGAGCCAAAGUAUCACUUUGAUUAAAAUUAAAAUAAUUUAGUUUAAUAAAGCAAUUUUAUUAUUUUUUCUAUUACAAUGUUUUUUCGGAUAUAAUUCUUUUUCAAAUAAACAUAAAAACA